AUGAAUUGGUUAUUGACCAUUCUUUCAUGUGUGGUGGCGUUCUACGUGUGUCUCAUCCUAAUUGUAAACCGAAUACCACAUGUCACCAUCAAAUCUUUCGGCUGGUUGGCAUUCAAGCAUGUCACGGUGACGUUGCCGACUUCCAGAAUAUACAUCCGAAAAAUCUACUUUCGGUUCCAUUUGUUCCGCUGGAGAAACUCUCCUGUUCGGUUCUUGGGAAUUGAGUUUGUGGAUGUGAACAUCGAGCGAAUUGCCCCGUCGAAUGAAAAGAAAUCUUCACAACCUCGCACCUUGAAUAUUCCGGAAGAACUUCAAUUGAUAGUGCCCAAAAGACUCCACAACUUCUUGAUAUCGACACGGAUCAUCAACCAGGUCAUCUUCAUGUUUUUCCGUGUUUCCGUCUGUGACGCUGACCGCAGAGAUGCUUACUCACUAUUCGUCGAUGUCUUCAAGAUGGAAGCACUGUACUCUUCUGUGGCCAAGAACCGGGUUCUGUUCGCGGUUUAUAACCUCUAUUUAAGCUCUGGAGACCCCAAAUCGGAAGAUUACCAGAGCAAUAUACUUCAAUUGAGAAACAUUGAAUUCACAGUUCUUUGUUCGGUUAUCACUGAGUGUCCCAUCCAUGAUCCUUCCAAGUACGCUUGGUCUUUCCGCAACUUCGACUUCAAUUUGUCAGUGGACAAGCUUGUGGUUCCUCUCGAUCGAACCAAAUCGUUUGUUUCCAAACUCAAACCGUCUACAACUGCAAAGGUUCCAGAGACAGUAAAGAUUAAUAAAAGGAAACAAAUUGAUGCCAAUUUGGACCUUAUCGAUCAGAUCUUAAAGUUGGUGGAGUUGACAGAUAUAAAAUUCAAUGAUCUCGUACUUUCAUGCGGCGACGUUGAGUUGACAUGCGGGAAUGCUGCGUUUUCAAUUACACCGCUCAAGAAGUUUAAUACCAUUCCAACGGGGGCCAGAGUAUUCACAAUCUACUUGACUUCGACAAAACUUCACCACAAAGGCACCAAAUGCUUGGAUUUACCAUCUGGAACUUUUGCAUUAGAGUCCACUCCUAUGCGUUUAAUCCGCCGUAUUUAUAACUUUAUGGACCACAAAUGUGAAGAUUUUGGAAAACAAGAACCUUUAAAUGUGGCCAGUUCAGUCACCUUGACAAACUCGGUGAUUGAUAUCUAUCAUGAUCAGCUAGACUUGAUACAACACUUGAUCAAACCCAAGUCGUCCUCAAAACAAAAACCAGCAUUUGCUCCAAUUAUAAAGCAUAUACUUGCAAUCGUGUCAGAAGUCAAGUUGAAGAUUGUCGUCGUUACUACUACUCUUAAUAUGCAUUUUCCCAAGCCAAGUAUGUCGAAAAUCGAGAAGAAAGAAACGUUUCAUCGUGACGCUUAUCUGAACAUGGUUGUGUCGAUCAGCUUGCAAGGUUUCGUGCACAAGUUCAUGAAUAAGAACUUGAGUCAAAUCAUACAGUCACCAAGCUCCAAACACAAAACUCAGUUACUUACAGGUAUUUUCAAGUUUGUGGGUUUUGAGUACUUGGUGGCCGACAACACCAUAUCACUUCCAAAGUUCAGCAUGAAGGCGACCUAUGAUGUCUUCAACAAUAAUAUUUCGUUGACGGUAAUACUCAAAAACUUGAAGAUGUCCUCGGUGAACUCGGCGAUCUUUCACCUAGCUCGUGAAAUUAGGAACAGAAAUAUUGAGCACUCAAAUCGAAGAUAUGAUCUUUUGAUGGGACAAGAUAAGGACGAACCACCACUUGAAGACCCACAGAAAGAAGUCCAGAGCUACGUCAAAUUAUUUGAGAUAUUACCUUCUUUCAUAUCGUCGAUCAAAGUUAGUGUCACUUCCCUCCAAGCUGAUAUCAUAUGUAACGAUGGUCUACCUAGUUUCACCAUCUACGACGAGACACUCAAAAGAGACAUUGAUCUUGCCGAAUUUAAGCGUGGUGUUUCCAUCAAGAUAGAGGGUGUGAGUAUCAACUACAAGAGAGCGUCUGAAGAUGUCCUGGCGAAAAUGCGUACGUUUCAAUGCUUCACGCUCAGUGAGUACAUGUCUGAGUACAUUCCCGACUUUGAUCUUGUGACCACCUAUGACGAGCAACUGUCGACUGUGAGCGACGUUACCAGCUUGGACACUACACUCUCGGAAGAAAACGAUAGUGCCAAUCUCAAGAGAGUUAAAAAGGUUGUUUAUGUCCGGGACUUGAAAAUUGGUAACUACAAUAAAGAGGACAAGAACUUGUUGACGCUCAUGAUCCCAGAAGCCGAUGGUCGUUUAGACACCUUUUUCAUUUGGUGUUCUAUUUAUGCCCGAACGUUAAUUCACUACUUUGCUCCAACCGUCAAGAGAAAAGCGUCUGGAAGAAGAAUAUCCCAACUCAGUGGUUCACGCUCAAACCUCAAGCUCAAUGUUAAGAUAGACUCGGUAGCCGUGGUGUCGCGGUUUCCAAACAAUGUCGAUGCGUUAUUCGAAAUAGAGUCGUUGACUCUGUCAGAUGUGAUAACAACGAAGGAAGCAAACAUCACCUUUGCCAGAGUCUAUGUGGUACAUCCUGCUGUCAAAAGAUGGGCAAGACUCUUAUCGAUUGCUCACUUUAACUUUAAGCUUGGCUUGGACCUUGAGUCGAAUCUUGUUGAUGUUUUUGCAACCACCAUUCGGUUGAAUAUUCCCUACUCGUUUUUGUUCUACACUGUGUUUGAUAACAUUAUCACAUUUGCCAAGGCAGUCCGCCAAAUCAAGCAAAACUUUCUAAACUUUGUCGAAGGAAACAACGACUACAGCAGAAUAUUACCCCAAAAGCGAGAUGCAACCGACUUUCCUUCGGUUAGAAUUCGUACAAAGACUUUGGGAAUGUCACUCGAGAACGACCCAUUCGAGCGUGAAUUGGGAUUCAUCUUUGAGCUUGCUGCGAUAGAAAACGAAAACAGGCUUCGAAAAAUAGACCUAUUUGAAAAGAAAGUGGACGAGAUUCGUGCUCAAACAAAGCCAUCAAUAGAAUCUCAAAUUGAACUAACUUAUGACCAGCCCCACAAGCACACCCAAAAGCACGAGCCAUCAUUCCGGAGCCCGUUGCGUAAUGUUAUUGACGACUCGAAGACAUCGAGUAGAACACGGAAGACUCGAAAGUUCAAGACAACUGCGACACCAACAUCAAAUGGAGCAUCAACUGCUGCGAACCAAGAAGAGUUGUACACGGAAGAGGAGGCUGCAAGAAUCAUAGCUUCGGCUAAAGAGUCUCUUGAUCAAAACUUGUCUUCUGCUUGGAUCAAAAAGUACAAACUUUUCAAGCAUGUUAAAUUGAAGCUGUGGAGAGAGAGGGUUACAAGGCUUUGGGGAAAAGACGAAGUAAGCGAGACCAUCACUUCAAAGUACGACAUCCUAGAGUAUUCAGACCCACCGUACUUGAUGGGUGCUGGAUUCAAGGACUUCGAUCUCGAGUUGAGCAAGGCAAGAAUCGACGACAUACAUGAAUUUCUUCAUAAACAUGGUCAAGGUCAACCCCGGCUUGACUAUUCCAUUCUUGUUCCACUUUAUGGACGACUUCGCAGUUCGGCACUUUUCGUUUACAUUCGUGAUUAUCCGUUACCAUUGGUUUCCUUUCCUCUGAAUUCGGAUCCAUCUAAGACUACAAUUGACCUCCGAGGUAACUUGGUGGUAAAUGAAAAGUUGGUAACACGAAAGGAAGAAAUGAGAUACAUCUUUGUGCCGUUUUCUCCAUCUUUAAAUGAGGAAAAGUGCACUGAUACCUUCUACUCAGUGUACAUUCCUCGUACACUUACUCCUGUCAAGUUCACGUUUGACUUUGAAUGUGAUUUAACAACUGAUAGAGCAUGCAUGUUGAGCUGGUGCAAAUCAUACCAGCCAGGAAUAUCAGCGGUUGCGACUGCGUUUGAUAGCUUUACCAAACCUGCUAUAGAUGAUAGUCCACUAGGAUGGUGGGACAAAGUUGCUUUACUUCUUCAUGGAAAAAUCAAGUUUAACAUACCCAACGAGUUAUGCCUUCACAUGAAAGGGUCUGCCAGUCCAUAUGAACUAAUUGGAAAAGCAGCUGGACUUGUCUUCUGCUGGAAAAAUAAUGUAUCUUUGAGAAUUAACGAUACGGGAGAACCUAAAGAGUUGAUACUUCUUGAUAGCGACGACUUCAUCCUUGGUAUACCCAACUAUUCUUCAACCGAAAGGAAAACAUGGAGCUUGUUUUACGAUGAGACACAUCCCAAUAUCGAAGAGAACGACAUAGACUCAGAAGCCAAGAAGUUUCAUAAACGAGUCAUGAAGUUAACUUCAUCAGACAGGGUUCAGUGGAAAUUGGGAUUUGACUUUGAGCGUAAUGUGAACAAUACAACUGCUUUAGGCGACGACCAAGAAAGAACAAGGGAUUUCAAGCCUCAUUACGACGUUGUUGUUACCAACCCAAUGUACGAAUGGCAUCCUGAUUCUUACGAAAAGUACAGAUCAGACUAUCUUCAUCUUGCCUUUUCGGUGAUUUCAAAGUCAUCAAAUGGUAACGCAUUCAAUGCAACCUACUUGACUCCAUUGACAUUCUUUUACUUCUUCCAUUGGUGGCAUAUGAUGACAAAGUAUACAUCGCUUCCCAUCAAGCAAGGUCCAUUGUUUGUCAACUCUCCAGUAUCGAAGUCUCAUGUCAAGAUGGGAUUGCAUUUAUACACUGUGAAAUAUCAAUUGAUUUUCGAGCCAUUGGUUAUAUCACAUUUGUACAUGCACUCAACAACAUCGGUUUUUGAUCACAAGGAUAAAGUUGCCUUUACAGGUUUGAAGGGAAAAUGUACUUCUUGUACCAUUGACUUACACCAACGAAAGGAAACUUUACAAUACAUCAACAAAAAGUUGAACAUUGAUAACAAAACUAUGCACCUUAAAAUGAACGAGGCAGAAGUCGAAAUCCAAGAAGCUGACAUUAGGUUCAUAAAUGCUCAGUUUAAGGAUAAGGCUAUCAGUGCAUAUUUGGCAACAUAUUUGGACGACUCAUCUUUAUCAUCGCCAACUGAAUCCAAGCUGACAGAAGGUGGCCAGUCGUUCACUUCUUGGUAUGCGGAUUUCGAGUCUUCACACGAUUCAUCUGGGCCCUCAUGGUAUGAUCCUGAUGAUUUAGUCGAGCUCGAAUUACACGAUACCCUUUCUCCUUAUCCGAAAAUAAGAAUUCUUCCAUUUCUUUACACCCCCAAGUUCAGUUACAUUAGGGAAUUCUCGCUACAAAAAAAUGGUCCCUAUCCUUUCGGUCGUGAGGAUUUCCAUGAUUGUGUUUUGGGUCGCCUGGAUCCCGAGCAGACUCAAAUGCACUUGAUUGACUCCCGAAUUGACUGCCUUGGUGAAUCUUUGCAAAAUCUGAACGAGGACUCGAAAGAGUAUAGAAUCAUAAAAGAGCGAAUUGAGCUAUUGGAUGCGAUCAAAGAUGGUUUAUCUGGCGAUGACAUCUCUCGAAGGUCUUCUGUGGUCAGCGAGUCUUUAAGUUUGGAGCGUGUGAAGACUACCAACUCAAGUUACAAAUCUUACAAUGAUAUGAAGAGAGUCACCUCUCUCAACUCUGCCGUGAGCGAGUUCCACAAUAGAUUUAUAUUCCACAAUGUCCAAAUGAAGUGGGAUAACACACUCCGUGAUUUGUUCAUGGAGUACUCCGAGAAGAUUUCGGACAGGCGUUCACAAAUGUUCUUCAUGGGAAAGAAAGCAGUUGACCUUAUUCGUGAAGUGCAAGCAAAGUUUCAGCGUGAAACUUCACCAGUUGCCGAAGAAGACGACCAUAUUGAUUUCCAAUGCGGAGAAGAUUUCAUCAACUGUAUUUAUGACACAAUAGGUGAGAUUGACGAAGAAAAAGAAGAAUCUGAUAACAAGUAUUUGAUCAAAUUUAUUCAUCCUCAAAUACAGCUCACCAGCAGCAAGAACAAAGACUCUUGUAUGAUUAUCACGUCACGAGAUUUGGAGGUUCGAAUCGUUGCAAUCAACAUGGCAGGCAUGAACAAUGUGAUUAGUGAGGACGAAGAAACGAGCAGUAAUAUUGAAACUCGAUAUGGUGUGGUUUUCAAAGAUUCACACGCUUUUUGUUUUCAAAAAGGACAAAGAAUCUAUAUCGAUUGGCGAAGCUCCCUAUGGCACUAUGCACAGUUGCAGCAAAGCUAA